AUGAACGAAACGAGUCCCUUGUCGAGCCUUACGCCCGUGCAGAUUAAGCAGCUGCAGCGCGUGUUCUAUGCGCUGGACAAAAACGCCAAUGGACGCGUCUCAGACUCAGACGUAGCAGAGGCGCUGCGGAACUUGGGUGUGAAGGAUGCUGAGGCUGAGGCAAAGACGUGCUUUGAGGGAGCUCCAUCUUCAACGUACGAGACCAUGAGCUUUCUGACAAUGAUGAGCGGUGUCAUGGAGCCAUUUUCAGACACACGGAAGUUGUCGGAGGCAUUUGAAAGCUUUGAUGAGAAAGACGAGGGAUUCGUCGACGUGGAUAUGAUACGGGAGAUACUUAACCACAACGAGGCUUGGGUAUGUAAAGCGCUACGACGACGAAGCGGGCCGAUGCGCCUCCAUCAGUGCAAUGGUUCUUACAUUCAGAUCAAUACAUGGCUGGUCCCAACGUUUCUCGACAGGACACACAAGCGCUUUGACUACCGCAAGUUCCUAUCGACAUUGGGCAUGUGCGAGUGGAAAGACUUGGUGGCUUAG